AUGGGCGAGCACAACCUGCUGAACCCCGGCUUCGUGGGGCCGCUCCUCAACAUCCACACGGGCGACGCCUUCUACUUCCCCAACUUCCGCGCGUCCGGCGGCCAAUCCCGGCGCUGCCCUCGCUGCCCUACCCCCCGCCGCGACAACUUCGCCUCGCUGCCCACCUGGGCACCCUCGGAGCCCUGCGGGCCCUACCCGCAGCCCUACCUGGGCUUCGGCCGCGCCUGCGAGCUCGCCCGCGCCGAGGAGGGCAAGUGCUGCUACCGCCCGACGGGCGACAAGGGCAGGGAGGGGCAGGGACGCGGCGCUGCUGGCCGCUGGAGCCGCUGCCCGCCGCGGGGGAGCGCGGGGAACGGAGCGAACCACGGCGGGAAUUUGGGCAACCUGGGCAACCUCGGAGGAGGAUUCGGCAAGUUCGAGUUCGGCGGGGCCGAGGGAGGCGCGCAGGAGGCGCCGAACUGCGCGGCGCUGGAGGCGGACUCGGGCUCGGCGCUGCUCGGGGAGGGCGGCAAAGGCGACGCGCCCGGGCUGAUGUCGCCGCUCGGAGGCGGCGGAGCGGCCGGCACAGCGGGGGCUCCGUGGUACCCGCUGCACACGCGGUCUCGCAAGAAGCGCAAGCCGUACUCGAAGCUGCAGCUGGCCGAGCUGGAGGGAGAAUUCCUGGUGAACGAGUUCAUCACCCGCCAGCGGCGCCGGGAGCUCUCGGACCGCCUGAACCUCAGCGACCAGCAGGUGAAGAUCUGGUUCCAGAACCGCCGCAUGAAGAAGAAAAGACUUCUCCUCCGCGAGCAGGCGCUCAGCUUCUUCUGA